GUAAUUUGCCCAGUUUGCCUGCAGCAUGGAAGACGAAUUUGAUGGAGACAGUAUCGAACCUCUUGAGGUGGAUAUGGAAGCUGAUGACGAUAGCGGAGGAGAUAAGGAUAAAAAGAAAUCUAUGGAAAGCGCUGAAGGGACGGCUAAGUCGGAGCCAAACGUUUAUUUGCCUGGCAGGAAGCUAGAGGAUGAUGAGGAGCUUGUGCAUGAUUCGACGGCAUAUCACAUGUAUCAUUCCGCUCAGAGUGGAGAUCCUUGUUUGAGUUUCGACAUACUAAAGGAUACAUUGGGAAUGAACAGAACAGAGUAUCCCAUGACUUGCUAUUUGGUUGGAGGUACACAGUCUGGCCGACUGAAGGACAGUCUGUUAGUGAUAAAGAUGCAUAACCUGCAGAGAACAUCGAAAGAGAGGAAUGAAGAUGAUGACGAUGAUGAUGCAGAGAGUGAUUCGGAUGAGAGUAUCGAUGGCGAGCAACCAGAAAUGGAAACAGUGAUGAUCGAACAUCAUAGAUCAGUCAACAGAGUGCGAUGUUCUGCUGUCAAUGGUCGUCACUUGGUAGCAACGUGGUCCGCUUCUAGUGAUGUUUAUGUGUGGGACAUUGCCACUCAGAUAGCAGCAGUCGAUAAUCCUGUCGAUCAACCUGCUAAACCAGUCGGAAGCAAGAGCAAGAAAAGAAAUGAAAGAGUCCAUCCCGUGUUUACAUUCUCGGGCCAUAGUGAGGAAGGUUUUGCUAUAGACUGGUCUACGACAGUGGCUGGCAGGUUAGCCACUGGUGAUUGUAACAGCAACAUUCAUAUAUGGCAGCCAGAUGAUAAUGCCACUUGGCACGUUGACCAAAGACCUUACAAAGCUCACUCUGCUUCAGUAGAAGACAUUCAAUGGAGUCCUAAUGAAGCCAGUGUGUUUGCAUCUUGUUCUGUUGACAAAACCGUUAGAAUAUGGGACAUCAGACCAUCUCCUUCCAAAGCCUGCAUGUUGACCACUGAAGCCCAUGACUCAGAUGUAAAUGUGAUAUCAUGGAACAAAAAUGACCACUACAUCAUAUCUGGAGGUGAUGAUGGUAUUGUUAAAGUGUGGGAUCUUCGGAAGUUCCAAAGUGGAGAGUCUGUGGCUAUGUUCAAGCAUCAUAGUGGUCCCAUUACUUCUUUAGAAUGGCAUCCUACGGACAGCAGUGUAUUUGGUGCCUCUGGAGAGGACAAUCAAAUUUCACUUUGGGAUUUGGCUGUGGAAAAAGAUAAUGUCAACCCCGACACAAAGGACUUGGACGUCCCACCACAGCUGUUAUUUGUCCACAUGGGACAAGAAGAUAUCAAGGAAAUCCACUGGCAUCCACAGAUACCAGGCGUCAUGAUCAGUAAUAGGCGAGAUCAUCAAUAUGCCUCUGGCAGUGGGCUCUUGACUAUUAUCCUUAAUGAAUCACGUUUGGGUAGAUGCGUUACAGUUUUAUGA